UCAUCGAAAGUCGGAAAAAGAUGCUGAAUUUGGGAAUUUUGUAAAUUUACUGAUGUUUUCCAAUGUCUGAGUCGAUAUCCUUGGUAGUCUUACGACUCGAAAUCGAGACUGGAUUUCCCCUUACCACAGAUUUAGAGUAUAGAGCACCAGAUUUUGAAAUACUUGGUGAGAGGGAGGCAGCAAAACACAAAGCCAGUUACGCCGAGGCAGCUUGCAGCUCUAAACAGGAUUUUUCUCGAGACCUGUUGAUUCAGAAGUGCAGAGGAGAGAGGAUACUAACAGAUCUGACAAUAGAGACUUACUUAAAUGACAUGAAUAACCAAGCGGAAAAAAACUGGAAUCCUAUGGAAAAGAACAAUACAGAGACUAAAUCAAAGAACCCAGACAUUGGUGCCUUUUCUCGGGAAGGCUCCAUUACAUCUAAUGCGUCAACCUCCAGUGGAGAGAAAGCGGCAUCAAAGGAGGUGUGUUUCCAGCCUAUUGAUGAUAGCGAUGACAGCCCUAUGCCAAGCCAGAGGGGGGAAAGGCCACACAGUGGGGGGAGGAUAAGGGGCAGCCCCCAUGAUUCUCCCACAAUACAAUUCUUCUCUGGGAACCCUAUGGUUGAGAGGACAUGUGGGAUUUUACAUCUGUACAAAGACAAUAAGAAGACAUCCCUGAAGGAUGAAGUUCCAAGGAGUGAACUGAUUUGUAUGUUAGCAGUACCAGCAGCGUACACGAUCCAUGAUCUGGUUAAAUUCACUGCCCCUGUUGUUGAGGGUAUUGAGUACAUGAGAAUUAUCAGAGAUUCCACCCCUAACCAGUAUAUGGUUCUUAUAAAGUUCCACAAACAGAGACUGGCUGAUGAAUUCUUUAAUACGUACAACAAUGUGUCCUUCAACUCCAUAGAACCAGACAUUUGUCAGCUUAUCUAUGUAGCCAAGGUGGAAGUCAUGAAGGACUCAGAGGGAGCUUGUUUACCGGUGGCUGGUCUGACAGAGCUUCCUAAUUGCCCUGUGUGUCUGGACAGAAUGGAUGAAUCUGUGGAUGGCACCCCAGUGUUAACGAUUUUGUGCAAUCACACAUUUCAUGUCAACUGUCUGGCAAAGUGGGGAGACACCAGUUGUCCAGUUUGUCGGUACUGCCAGACCCCCGAGGAAACAGCUGACCAACGCUGUAUGACCUGUGGCUCCCAGGAGAGUUUAUGGAUUUGUUUAGUUUGUGGGAACAUUGGAUGUGGAAGAUAUGUUGACCUACAUGCAUACAAACAUUUUCAAGAAACACAGCACACAUAUGCCAUGCAGUUAGGUAACAGUAGAGUGUGGGAUUACGUUGGGGAUAAUUUUGUUCAUCGUUUGGUUCAGAGUAAAGGUGAUGGUAAACUGGUAGCUGUGGAGGACCAGCAAAGCUCAGAAAUGGAUGGGAAGGCUGACUCUCUAUCGUUGGAGUACACAUAUCUCUUGACAAGUCAACUUGAACAACAACGGAAAUAUUUUGAGCAGAAAAUGGCACAAGUGGAGAAGAGUGCCCAAGAAAGAGCUGACAUCUUGGAUGUAAAAUAUAAAGCUGCUACAGAGGAUUUAGAGAGAGUAAAAGUUGAACAACAAGCUUUAAAUAAGGAAAAACAGGCUGUGGAAAAAAAGUGUUCACAUCUGCACAGUCGACUGACAUCGGCUCUGAAGGAUCUACAGGAGGAAAAACAAAUGAACAAGUGUCUGUUAGAGAACCAGCAGGUCUGGCAGAAAAAGGUCACGGUGUUAGAGAGUCAGGUCCAGGACCUCUCACAAAACAAGGAACAGGAAAUUCAGGAGUUGAGGGAGCAGUUACGAGAUGUGAUGUUUUACAUGGGAGCUCAGCAGAAGCUGUCUGAGACCUCAGAAGUGUCCCAGACAGAACUAGAGCAGAGUCAGGUCAUAGUCGGGGCAUCUGGAAACAGCCCCUCCCCGCGCUCCAAAAAAGGCAGGAAAAAGGAGAGGUGAACAGGUGCCCCCCACAGAAGAGCAAGUCCUUCAUUUUCUGCAAUAUUUCUCUGUGAUGUGAUGCCCUCACAAAAAAAAAAAUCCAAACUCAAGAAGCAGAAUAUUCCAACCGUUUUCUGUAGUUUGUGUCUUAUACAAGAGUGCUCAUGGAGCAGAUUUUAUUUCAAGUGUUCAAGCCUGAUGUUAUUUUAAUUGCUGAACAAAGAUUCAUUAAUCUGAACACUUCUUGUCCACUAUAUUGUAUAGACAGCUUUGUUGUUGUUUUUUAUUUCUGUAUGUCAGUAUGUUGAUUGUAUGUCUGUGACGUAUUUCAUUACAAACUGUUUGCCUGGAGCAAAGAGAAACUGCCAAAUAGAGUCUGUGAUUUAUAUGAUUAAAACAAUUCAUCUACAUCUUU